UUGUGCUUGGGAAGUAGAAUAUGCAUAUCUAUCGACUUCUCUACUUAUUCUAUCUCUCUCUAUCUCUAUCUCUAUCUCUAAAACAGUUUUUCUCUAUCAAAGUGCCCAUCUUUCAAACUCCUCCCAUCCUUACCUUCUCACUAGGGUUUCAUACACUCAAAAACACUUAAGAAACAACCUACUCGACAUAUUGAUGUGUAUGUUGCCCAUCCAAAAUCAUAGAGCAUAGUGCAGAAGUUGUGUGUGUGUGUGUGUUUCUAUUUCUCUCUCUAUUGGGAUCUGUUCAUCAAAUCUGACGAAAAGGCUAUGCAAUCAGAUUAUGAGAUGGCUGGGAUCCAUCAUCAGAGAAACCAACAGCCACCACAAGUGGAAGAGCAGCAGCAGCAUAGAUUUAUGGUGGAAAAUAAUGCUUCAACUUCCUCACCAUUUUUCCCAAUAAAUCCAAGUUAUCAAUUCCCACAUCAACAUCAACAGCCUCAUCCUCUUCUCCCACAAAUCCACCAUAUACCCUUUACCCAACAGUUUUUCCAGUAUCAACAUCCUCAUUACAGAUCCAUGUUAGACCACAACCAACAUCAUGAAAUAAGGCUAGUGCCCACUCCGGAAGGUUCAUUUUUUCCUCUAAGUUUUAAGUUGGGUGAUAGUGGCCCAAAUAUUGAAGGAGAAAUAAGAGGACAACAAGAUGCUUUGAUUCGUGGGAGUGAGCGAUAUUGUACACAGCCUCGACAAACUUCUCUAGCUGUCUGGCAAAACCAAGAAGAUUCUGCUAUUAAACAACCUUUUUGGAAGCCCCUUGAUGUGGAAUUUUCAAAUGGGAAUGAAAGUGAAAAGAACAAGCAAGAAGAGGAUCAAGAAAUGUAUCCACCUGAAGAAAUCCAUCAUCAACAACAACAUAUUAUCAAGAGCUUAGAAGAAAAUAAUAAAUGUAGAGUACUAUAUGGAGAGUUAGAAGCCAUUUAUGCUGACAACGCUAAUGCUGAUAUUCAUCGAAUUGCAUCUGAAUCUGUUGUCACUGCUGAAGAUUUGCCAGCAAACCACAAUGUAUCUUUUCCUGUAAUGGCUUUCAACGAUUCUAAUCAAGCCAGUGGGGGGACCACCACAGCCGUGGCCACAACUGCUGCUGAAAUGGACAAUAUUGGAUCAGAAAGUGCGUCUGUUGGAGGAAGAGAAGCAGAAGUAGAAGCUACUAGGGGAGAAGUUCAUAAAAGGAAGAGACCAAAAGAAUCUCGAACAACCACUUCCAUGUCAAGAUUUUUUGAGUCCUUAGUGAAGAAACUCGCAAACCACCAAGAGGAUCUCCAAAGGAAUUUCAUGGAAACAAUUGAGAGAUUGGAUCAGGAAAGAAAAGAAAGAGAACAAGUGUGGAGACAUCAAGAAUUGGAAAAGCUCCAAAAACAAGAAGCUGCUAGAGUCCAUGAAAGAAGCUUGGCUUCAAGUAGAGAAGCUGCUCUUGUUUCUUGCUUGGAAAAACUCGCUGGUCAGAAGAUCAAUUUUCAAACAUUCAACAAGGAGGAUAAAAGUUGUUCUAGCUUGGCAAAGUUGAAUAACAAGCGAUGGCCUCAAGCUGAAGUUGAGGCCUUAAUUCAGAUUAGAACUAGUUUGGAAUCCAAGUUUCAAGAGCCUGCUACUCCAAAAGGUCUACUUUGGGAAGAGAUAAGUAACUCAAUGACCUCAAUGGGAUUUCAGAGAAAUGCCGGAAGAUGCAAAGAGAAGUGGGAGAAUAUGCAAAAGUGUACUGUCAAGAGAACAAAAGAAAUCACAAGGGAACAGGUCAAUAGUUGUACUGCAACUGUUGACUUUGUAAACCAAGGAAAUGAUACUACUGUUCAUCAUUUGGCUACUGUCAACAAUCUACCUAAGGGGAAUGGUGGAGAAAAAGAUAAACAUGAAAACGGGGAGUACAAAAAUGGAAGUAAGAAAGAAGAUAUGGAAGAAUAAUGAUAGAAUGAAUUAAGGAGAAUCCAGACAAAUGAGAUAACCAAGCUAAGAAUAUCACUGGUUCCUUUCAGGUGGAGGCUUUUUUUUUGCUCUUUACUUUUUCUCUUUUCUCAUCAUUUCUUUUUAUCUGUCCUGGUAUUUGUUCAUCUUGUCAUUUCGUUUUCUUCCAACAUUGAUAUGAGUUUCCAUGUCGUUUUUGAUAUUUUCUAGCGUUUUAAAAAUCUCAAGUAUUGUGUAGGGCAUACCAACACAACUUUGUCCCAAAAGACAUGCAAAACAUUGUGCCUUGUAUAAUUAGCACAUAGUAGUUGAAGUAGUUCAACUUCAUUUCUUUUCAUUUUAA